AUGGCACCUCUUGUUCCAUCGCAAGAGGAGCUGCAACGCCGUCGUAUCAUCGGCAUCAAUGCGGAGACCGUCACCAAUAUCCCCUCCACUGACUUUCCUGGCCAUUGGCCUGGAGAAUCGCAUGCCUGGGCACUUGACCAGUUCAAGGAUAAUUUCAAAGUCGAAUACCACCGCAACGACCCAUACGAAGCCUCGUUCUCGCUGAUCGGACUCGACGCCGCGGUCGCUAAUGCCUUCCGCCGUAUUCUCAUGGCUGAAAUCCCAACUCUGGCUAUUGAAUAUGUCUUCAUCCAAAACAACACCUCGGUUAUCCAAGACGAGGUGCUCGCUUCUCGUCUGGGUCUGAUCCCGCUCAAGGGCUCCGUCGAAGGAAUCAAUUGGAUGCACUGGUUCCGGAAACCUUCCGAGGAUGAUGACGGACCUGCUCCGCCCGGCCCCAGUGAUUUCAACACGGUUGUCAUGCACCUUGUGGCUGAAUGCACGAAGAACCCCGCUGCCGCUGCCGACGAGACCGACCCCCGCAAGUUGUAUCACAAUGCCCAUGUCUAUGCCAAGGAUAUCACGUUCUCCCCGGUUGGUCGCCAGGAGCAGUAUUUCAGUGGUGAGGGUACUAUUCAGCCCGUCAACCCGGAUAUCUUGAUUGCCAAGAUGCGCCCCGGUCAGAAAAUUGACUUGGAAAUGCACUGUAUUAAAGGCAUUGGAGCCGACCACGCCAAGUUUUCUCCCGUUGCGACCGCUAGCUACCGUCUCAUGCCGGAUAUCAAGAUUGAGCGCCCCAUUAUUGGCAAUGAUGCCAAGAAGUUUGCCAAGUGCUUCCCAAAGGGCGUCAUUGCCCUAGAGCCGGUCACUGCCGAGGAGGCCGGACGCAAGGGAAGCGGAUACGAGGGACACGCAGGCGAGCAGAAGGCCGUCGUGCGGGAUGCGUUCAACGAUACCGUCAGCCGGGAAUGCUUGCGCCAUGAGGAGUUCCAGGGCAAAGUCAAGCUCGGACGCAUUCGGGAUCACUUCAUUUUCAACGUUGAAAGCACCGGCCAGUUUGAGAGCGAUGUUCUUUUCCUGGAAGCCGUGAAGGUUCUGAAGCUGAAGUGCGCCCGGUGGAAGCGCGGUCUGACCGACCUGAUGGCAUAA